AUGCAGACAUGGCCGAUGGUGUUCGACCAGUUCAUCGAGGAGAGGCUGGUCACAGACGUUCUCAAGAUCAGCGAGAAGGUGUGGGGCGGGGCGCGGAGCACGAAGGAGGAGAAGGAGAUGGUGCCGGCCGAGGUGGUGGCGAGGUUCUUGGAACCAGGCGGAACGGGGGAGACGGCGAGGGGCCGAGCGCAGGAGCUCCCAGUGAAGGCUCGUGCGGCCGUGUCGAAAGGCGGGUCGUCGUCCUGUGAUCUGUGCAGGCUUAUCGACGACCUGAUGGAAACAAGGGAGGCCGUCGCCGGCGGCGACACUACUACGUCACGCGCUGCUGAGAUAUAG